AUGCCGGACACGACGGACGACAUUGCGGAGGGGAUAUCCUUCCAGGCGUUCGAGGACGACUGCCGCCUCCUCGGCAGCCUCCUCCACGACGUCCUCCUCCGCGAGCUCGGCCCGCACUUCAUCCACCUCUUCGAGCGCAUCCGCAUCCUCGCCCAGAGCGCGGCCACCAUGCGCGGCGCGGGGAUGGAGGACACGGCGUCGGUCGUGGAGCGGCAGCUGGAGGCGGAGCUGGCCGCCAUGUCGCUCGAGGACUCGCUUUCCAUCGCACGCGCCUUCUCCCACUACCUCAACCUCACGGGAAUCGCCGAGAGGUACCACAGGGUCCGUAAAUCACGUAGUGAAGUGCAUCUGUCAAAAUCAUGUGAUGAUAUAUUUGACAAGUUGAUUCAAGGUGGUGUUCCUCCAGAAGAACUAUAUGACACUGUCUGCAAACAGGGGGUUGAAAUUGUCCUGACAGCGCAUCCAACACAAAUAAAUCGGCGGACUUUGCAGUACAAGCAUCUUAGAAUAGCCCAUCUCUUGGAGUUCAAUGAACGCCCUGAUCUAAGCCAUGAGGAUCGAGAAAUGCUAAUAGAAGACCUGGUAAGGGAAAUCACAGCAUUAUGGCAGACAGAUGAGUUGAGGCGUCAUAAACCUACACCAGUUGAUGAAGCUAGGGCUGGCCUUCAUAUUGUGGAGCAAUCCCUCUGGAAAGCGAUACCACGAUACCUUCGCCGUGUUAGCAAUGCUCUGAAGAAGCAUACUGGCAAGCCACUUCCACUGACGUGCACACCGAUCAAAUUUGGUUCGUGGAUGGGUGGUGACCGAGACGGGAAUCCUAAUGUUACAGCAAAAGUGACUCGGGAUGUUUCCUUGAUGUCCCGGUGGAUGGCACUUGACCUGUACAUCCGACAACUAGACAAUCUUAGCUUUGAGCUAUCCAUCAAGAAAUGCAGCGAGAAGCUUGCAAGCGUAGCUAAUGAAAUCUUGCUCAAAGAGUCGGCAUCUGAAGAGACGAAGGCCAGUCCAUGGACCCAAACAGGACCGCAGAACAUCGUAAAACUUCAGCCUAGCUUGGCGCUCGCUGCUCAGCUUCCUUCUGGUGCCGAUCUUCCAUCAUUGACAGACAACCUUCUUGGGACGGAGGGAGUACUUCCAAAAGAUGUUGACGUCCUUUCAGCCAAGAAUGCAUUGGUAGCGAAGCUCAAAUCAGAAUCCUUGUGGGACAACAUUCAGGGGAUUCAAAUUCCAACCGAAAAGAGUGAUGACAGUCCAGUGCAGUCUCCUGGACGAACUCGACCAGGAUCAUCACAUAUGGGUCGAACACCAAGUGCUGGUCAACUAAGGAAAAUGUUGUUCACAGAAUCUAAGAUAGGCCGGUCAAGCUUUCGAAAGCUUCUAGAGCCAAGCCUCUCUGAUAGACCAGGAAUCACUCCAUACAGGAUUGUCCUUGGUAAUGUGAAAGAAAAGAUGAUGAAGACACGAAGACGACUUGAGCUUCUUCUUGAGGAUCUACCGUGUGACUAUGAUCCUGCAGAAUAUUAUGAAACACCAGAUCAACUUUUGGAGCCUUUGACCCUGUGCUACGAAUCACUGCAAUCAUGCGGAUCAAGCAUUCUUGCCGAUGGUCGAUUAGCAGAUCUUAUACGACGGGUUGCAACCUUUGGUAUGGUGUUGAUGAAGCUCGACGUGCGCCAGGAAUCAGGCCGGCACGCAGAAGCGCUUGAUGCUGUUACAUCUUACUUGGAUCUUGGUAUUUAUAGUGAAUGGGAUGAAGAAAAGAAGCUGGAUUUCUUGACUAGGGAGCUGAAAGGGAAGCGUCCACUGGUCCCCCCAUACAUAGAGGUUGCUGCUGACGUGCAAGAAGUUCUCGACACCUUCCGUGUUGCUGCAGAAUUAGGGAGCGACUCACUUGGAGCAUAUGUGAUUUCAAUGGCCUCUAAUGCCAGUGAUGUCCUCGCCGUUGAGUUGUUGCAGAAGGACGCAAGACUAACAGUUAGUGGUGACAUGGGACGGCCAUGUCCUGGUGGAACGUUAAGAGUUGUCCCCUUGUUCGAGACGGUGAAGGAUCUGCGGGAAGCUGGCUCGGCGAUCAGGAAGUUGCUGGCCAUUGACUGGUACAGAGAGCAUGUCAUCAAGAACCACAACGGGCACCAAGAGGUCAUGGUUGGUUACUCUGAUUCAGGCAAGGACGCCGGCCGUUUCACAGCAGCGUGGGAGCUGUACAAGGCUCAGGAAGAUGUGGUCGCCGCGUGCAAUGAGUUCGGUAUCAAGGUCACACUCUUCCAUGGUCGCGGCGGGAGCAUUGGCCGUGGCGGCGGGCCGACGUACCUCGCCAUUCAGUCACAGCCGCCUGGUUCAGUAAUGGGCACUCUUCGGUCGACGGAGCAAGGUGAGAUGGUGCAGGCCAAGUUCGGGCUGCCCAAGACGGCGGUGCGGCAGCUGGAGAUCUACACGACGGCUGUGCUGCUCGCCACCCUGCGGCCGCCGCAUCCUCCCCGGGACCCCCAUUGGCGCCACGUAAUGGAGGAGAUCUCCCGCGUGAGCUGCGCACACUACCGCAGCACGGUGUACGAGGACCCGUCCUUCAUCACCUACUUCCAGGAGGCGACGCCGCAGGCGGAGCUCGGGUACCUCAACAUCGGCAGCCGCCCGGCGAAGCGCAAGGCCACCCCCGGCAUUAACAACCUCCGGGCCAUCCCGUGGGUGUUCGCCUGGACGCAGACGCGGCUGGUGCUCCCGGCGUGGCUUGGAGUCGGCAAGGGCCUACAGGACGCCCUGGACAAGGGCCACACGGAGGAGCUCCGGGCCAUGUACGACGAGUGGCCCUUCUUCCAGUCCACGCUGGACCUGAUCGAGAUGGUGGUGGCCAAGGCCGACGCGCCCAUGGCGAAGCACUACGACGACGUGCUGGUGUCGUCGCCCGAGCGGCGGGCGGUGGGGGAGGAGCUGAGGAGGGAGCUAGCGAGGUCGGAGAGGUGCGUGCUGGCGGUGAGCGGGCACUGCAAGCUAUCGGCGAACAACCGGAGUCUGAGGAGGCUGAUCGAGAGCAGGCUGCCGUACCUCAAUCCCAUGAACAUGCUGCAGGUGGAGGUGCUGCGACGGCUGCGACGGGACGACGACAACCUGAAGCUCCGUGAUGCGCUGCUCAUCACCAUCAACGGCAUCGCCGCCGGGAUGCGCAACACAGGCUGA